AUGUCGUGGAAGUCGUCAGAGAGACUGAUGGACACCAUCCGGCAUUAUGCCAAGUUUCCCGCCACGGGCGUGAGCCUGCGCCAGAUGGUGCAGUUUGGUGACAAGCCAUCCAUAGGCACCUUAUUCCGCGCCUCACAAUUCUUGGCCGAGGAGUUGCCAAUCCGCCUUGCGCAUCGUGUCCAGGAACUAGAUGACCUGCCUGAUGGAUUAAACGAGAUGCCGUCUGUCAUGAAAGUCAAAGAUUGGUACGCUCAGUCGUUUGAGGAAAUCACACAGCUUCCUCGGCCAAAUCUGAGCAAAGAAAUUCGCGAUCGUCUCAUGAAGCCUACCAAGGGCAACGGCCGCCAUAUCCAACGACUCUCCGACGCCACACCCAAUCCCUCCAUCGACGAAGGAGACUCUUCUGGCUGGGGCGGGCUGACAAAUUCCAGCAACGGCAACGGCAAGGCAAAGUCGCUGUCAAGGAGAUAUUUCGCCACUGUUGAUGAUACGGGUGAUUGGCCUGCUGACCUGCAGCUUUACAAUCAAAGAUUUGCGCAAACCCUUCACACAAUAAAGCGGAGACACGAUGGAGUUGUCACCACAAUGGCUCAAGGCAUCUUGGAGUACAAGCGCCGACGUCAGCGAAUGCAGAUUGAUGGUACCAUACAAUCAUUCCUCGACCGAUUUUACAUGUCGCGUAUCGGAAUCAGAAUGCUCAUCGGGCAACACAUUGCUCUCACCGACCAAAGUCACCACCGCGAUCCAACCUAUGUCGGCGUGAUUUGCACAAAGACCAACGUGAAAGAUCUCGCGCAAGAGGCCAUCGAGAACGCGCGAUUCGUUUGCGAGGACCAUUACGGUCUGUUUGAGGCUCCCCGUAUCCAGCUGGUCUGCAACCCCAAUCUGGAUUUCAUGUAUGUCCCGGGACACUUGUCACACAUGCUCUUCGAAACUCUUAAGAAUUCGCUUCGUGCUGUGGUUGAGACGCACGGGAUGGACAAGCAGGAGUUUCCCGUGACCAAGGUCAUUGUGGCCGAGGGCAAAGAAGACAUUACCAUCAAGAUCUCUGACGAGGGCGGUGGCAUACCACGAAGCGCUAUUCCGUUGGUCUGGACGUACAUGUAUACAACUGUCGACCGCACGCCCAACUUGGACCCUGAUUUCGACAAGAGCGACUUCAAAGCUCCCAUGGCUGGCUUCGGCUACGGCUUACCUAUUUCAAGACUGUACGCAAGAUAUUUUGGCGGCGACUUGAAGUUGAUUAGCAUGGAAGGCUACGGAACAGAUGUGUAUCUUCAUCUGAACCGCCUGUCGUCAUCUUCAGAGCCGCUACAGUAG